UACACGCAAUUUGACUGUUAACAAAAACUUGUCAAAGGCUCAAGCUUUAGCCUCCUGCUUUUUCUAGCCACCACCUCCAUCUCUUCUCUGCUGCUACAUUCCUUCUCUCUCCACCACCACCACUCCUCCUUUCGUUCUUCAUAUCACCCUGGUUUUUCUUUUUCAUUUUCUUAAUCAUUUUUAAGUUUGGGUUUCAAAGAAUCUGUCAAAAGCAAAAAACCAGAGAAACCAAAAAAACAACUUCCAAGAAUAACUCGAAGUUACCCACUUUGUUUCUUGUCCUUCAUCGCCCAUACUUCUAAGCCAUAGGCAUUUAUAUUUCUCUUUUGUUUUCUUAACUGGGUUUUGCUUUGUUCAUAACUAGCUGCACAAAAAGUUUUCCUUUUCUUUCUCGUUGUUUCCACUUCGAAACCCCAGGACCAGAAACAGAGCUAGCACAGGACAGAAGCUCUAUAGAGAAAAAUAUAUAUAAAGAAAACAAAGAAAAAGGAGAAAGCUUUAUUUAUAAAUGGUGCAUUACCAUCGUUACCAUCAGUUAAAGAAAGGAGAACAUCAAAAUAGUGAAGAAGAUGAAGCUCUUGCUUUGGUUUGUGCAAACUCUGGUUACUAUAAAAGAAAAAGGCCUAAGCUUCUUUCCCUUCUCUUUAUUUCUCUUCUCUCGUGUUGCCUAAUUUUGGCACCUUACUUUUUUUGCUCUUCCUCCGCUUUCUCUGUUUUGUAUUCAUUUGUUGUAGAAACUGAUGGUGUUGUUGCUGAUGUGGAUGCAAGUGGUGGUUCUUUGUGUUCUUCAAUCUCUAAUGGAACAAUAUGCUGUGAUAGAAGCAGUUUUCGUACAGAUUUCUGUAUAAUGAAAGGGGAUGUAAGAACACAAUAUGCGUCUUCAUCAAUAUUUCUCUAUACUUCAAGAAACACUACUUCUUUGAUUAGAGAGGAUGAGGAAGAGGAGUUCCAACAUGAAAAGAUCAAACCAUACACAAGAAAAUGGGAAACAAGUGUUAUGGACACAAUUGAGCAAUUACACCUUAUCUCAAAGCAAGAGAAAUUUGCAAUUGAUCACCAAUGUGAUGUCAAGCAUAGUGUUCCAGCUGUGUUCUUUUCAACUGGAGGUUAUACUGGUAACGUUUAUCAUGAAUUCAAUGAUGGGAUUUUACCAUUGUAUAUUACAUCCCAGCAUUUUAACAAGCAAGUAGUGUUUGUUAUUCUUGAGUAUCAUGAUUGGUGGAUAACGAAGUACGGAGACAUUCUUUCGCAUCUUUCAGAUUAUCCUGCGAUUGAUUUUAGUGGAGAUAAAAGGACACAUUGUUUCCCUGAAGCCAUUGUUGGUCUUAAAAUUCAUAAUGAACUUACUGUUGAUCCUUCUUUGAUGCAAGGGAAUAAAAGCAUUGUUGAUUUUCAUAAUUUACUAGGUAAAGCAUAUAAGCCUCGAAUUAAUGGCUUAAUUCGAGAUGAAAAACGAGAAGCUGAGGAGAAACUAAAGCAGAAAGUUCUUUCUCUGUCCCCUUCAUCAGGAACCUUGUUGGAGUUAAAAAAUGAUGUGCAAGAAGCUAAAUUGAAGAGGCCUAAAUUGGUUAUUUUAUCUCGAAAUGCAUCAAGAGCUAUAACUAAUGAAGAUUUGUUAGUAAAAAUGGCUGAAGGAAUUGGAUUUCAUGUUGAAGUUUUGAGGCCUGACAGGACUACAGAGCUCGCCAAGAUUUAUCGAGCACUUAAUUCAAGUGAAGUUAUGAUUGGUGUUCAUGGUGCUGCCAUGACCCAUUUCUUGUUUAUGAGGCCAGGUUCAGUGUUUAUACAAGUGAUUCCUCUUGGAACAGAAUGGGCAGCAGAGACUUAUUAUGGAGAGCCUGCUAAGAAGCUUGGUUUGAAGUAUAUUGGAUACAAAAUUUUGCCUAGGGAAAGCUCAUUGUAUGACAAGUAUGACAAAAAUGAUCCUGUUCUUCAAGACCCUGAAAGCAUAUCCAAAAAGGGAUGGCAAUACACCAAGACAAUCUAUCUUGACAGCCAAAAUCUGAGAUUAAACCUUGGAAGAUUUCAGAAAAGAUUAGUUCGUGCCUAUCAAUACUCCAUCAGAAAAAUAAAUCACCCUCAUGAACACAAAUCACAUUAAUAUUCUAUACUUGCCUGAACCUGAAGAUAUUGUCAGCACAUAUUCUUUACCAUUUCUUAUUGAUUGGUUUCAUGUUUGUGCUUUUAAAAGCACAAAAUAUUGGCAACUAGGAAAAAUUUGUUGUAAACAUUUUACAUUAAUGCAUAUCCUAUUUGUACAUCCAAGCAGCAUACCAUAAAACUCCCUGUAAAUAGUAGUAUGAUCUUUGAAGGGAAGUUUUGCUAGGUGAGUUCAAGAUAUAAUGAAAAUCCUUUCUUUUUCUGUCUCUA